GAUGACUGCGCUGGAGGUGGCCCGGGUGGCCCGCCCGCUAGGGGUGUCGGAGGGGGCGGGGGAAGAGGAGGAGGCGGUGUGAUGGCCCUGGACGGCGAGAGGGGGGAGCAAGAGGAGGAGAAGAAAAAGAAGAAGAAGAAAAAGAAGAGGAAGAAGAAGGAGGAGGAGGGGGCCGAGAAGAGCAGUUCACCGUUUGCGGCCACCAUGGGAGAAGACGACGCCGCGCUCCGGGCAAGCGGCAGGGGGCUCUCGGACCCGUGGGCUGACUCGGUGGGAGUGAGACCCCGCACCACGGAGCGCCACAUCGCAGUGCACAAGAGGCUUGUGCUGGCUUUUGCCGUGUCCAUCGUGGCACUGCUGGCUGUCACCAUGCUGGCCGUACUGCUCAGCCUGCGGUUCGACGAGUGUGGAGCGAGCGCGGCGAUGCCGGGCACCGACGGUGGCCUCGGAGGCUUCCCUGAGCGUGGUGGCAACAGCAGCUACCCAGGAUCUGCCCGGCGCAACCACCACGCGGGUGAGGAAUCCUCGCAGCGUGAGAUCGGCGAGGUGGGCACCGCGGGGACCCCGUCUGCCCAUCCGCCGUCGGAGGAAGAGCAGGAGCAGUGGCAGCCCUGGACUCAGCUGCGCCUAUCCGGCCACCUUAAGCCGCUGCACUACAAUUUGAUGCUCACCGCCUUCAUGGAGAACUUCACCUUCUCUGGGGAGGUCAACGUGGAGAUCGCGUGCCAGAACGCCACCCGCUACGUGGUACUGCACGCCUCCCGGGUGGCGGUGGAGAAGGUGCAAGUAGCGGAAGACCGGGCGUUCGGGGCUGUCCCGGUAGCAGGCUUUUUCCUCUACCCACAAACGCAGGUCUUGGUGGUGGUGCUGAAUAGAACCCUGGAUGCGCAGAGGCACUACAAUCUGAAGAUUAUCUACAAUGCCCUGAUAGAGAACGAGCUUUUGGGCUUCUUCCGCAGCUCCUACGUGAUCCACGGGGAGAGAAGAUUCCUCGGUGUUACUCAGUUUUCACCUACACAUGCCAGGAAGGCAUUUCCAUGUUUUGAUGAACCAAUCUACAAGGCCACUUUCAAAAUCAGCAUCAAACAUCAAGCAACCUAUUUGUCUCUCUCCAACAUGCCCGUGGAAACAUCUGUGUUUGAGGAAGAUGGAUGGGUAACAGAUCACUUUUCACAGACCCCUCUCAUGUCCACAUAUUAUUUAGCCUGGGCGAUUUGCAACUUCACAUACAGAGAAACUACUACCAAGAGUGGGGUUGUAGUUCGAUUAUAUGCAAGACCCGACGCUAUCAGAAGAGGAUCCGGGGACUAUGCUCUCCACAUUACAAAGAGAUUAAUAGAAUUUUAUGAAGACUACUUUAAAGUGCCCUAUUCUUUGCCAAAACUAGAUCUUUUAGCUGUGCCUAAGCAUCCUUAUGCUGCUAUGGAGAACUGGGGACUAAGUAUUUUUGUGGAACAAAGAAUACUGCUGGAUCCCAGUGUGUCAUCUAUUUCUUAUUUGCUGGAUGUCACCAUGGUCAUUGUUCAUGAAAUAUGUCACCAGUGGUUUGGUGACCUUGUGACCCCAGUGUGGUGGGAAGAUGUGUGGUUGAAGGAAGGCUUUGCUCACUACUUUGAAUUUGUGGGUACAGACUACCUCUACCCUUCCUGGAACAUGGAAAAGCAGAGGUUUCUGACAGAUGUUCUGCAUGAAGUGAUGCUGCUUGACGGGUUGGCCAGUUCCCAUCCAGUAUCACAGGAAGUGCUACGGGCAACAGAUAUUGACAAAGUGUUUGACUGGAUCGCAUACAAAAAGGUGACCAAGUUUGAUGGACUAAUAUCACAUCUAUGAGGACAUAAUAUUCUGGACGGUCAGUAUAGGCUAGUGUUUAUCUUCUACUGUGGAAGAAUUGGCAGGAAGCUCAUUCUGUAAAGAAGGCUCAAAAAUGAAUCACCAUGGAAAUUCUUGGGAGCACGAAGGAGCCAUAUGCAGUCACACAAAGCUCAAGGGUUUGGGGUAGUAGACUUCAAGCUGGACAAGCUGGAUAUGAACUAGCAAAGCUCUUCUGUCACGGGGAGCUUACAGUGAGUACUGCAAGUCAAGUAGAUCAAAAGAAGUACUUAAAGGAGAUAUGUCACAGUUUAAAUAUGUUUUUAGUAUAAAACAACACUAUAGAUAUAGUAGACAUAGAAUUGAAAUGCUCGAUCUAGACAAUUUAGACUAGAGACAAGAAAUGUAAAUAGUAAACAUUUUGUAGUUAUUUUACGUAGCAUUUAGUUUGAAAAAACAAGAACGACAACAACAUCAAAAAACCCAAUCAGCUACCAUUCUGUGGUUCUGUCGCUGAAGAUCUGUUAGUGUCAACACUAAGCUUGGCCCUGAGCCAACCCCUCAUUGCAUUUGAUUCUCUGCCUUAUCAUUAUAUAUAACUAUUUCUUUAAUAAUGUCCUAAUUAUUUCUACCUAUGUUUUUAUUCCUCUAGAAUUAUAAUUUCAUUUCACUUUAAAUAAUUUGCAUAUAUAUAUAUAUAUAUCAAGAGAAUAAAGAGUUAUAGAAAAAUGGAGGUUAGAACUAGGAGAUCAGUUCCAACUUCUAUCUCAACCUUGUGAAGUUGAGUUUGAAAAUUGAAGAUCUUUGAAGAAAUACUGAGAGAUGUUCAUCCUGAGUACUCCCAAGGCUAGUAUUAAAAAUAACUUCCCCAAAUUCUCUUUUAUAACAGAAAAAGUGUGAUAGCCACUGUAUUAUAAAAAAUAUAGAUCUAAUGAAAUAACAAGUGAGUUUAUGAUUGGAAAAUGAAGAAGCAUUUAUUCAAAAAGGUAACAAAAAGUAGCAAGGGCUAUCCACAGACAAGAAAGGAUGUGAAAGAUGGUUGGAGACAGCAUCUCUGCUCUAAAAGCACACAGGGAAAUAAGAAUCAAUGACCCAAUGACCUGGAUGAUGAAAGUGAGUGAGUGCUCAUUAAAUUUACAUAUGAUGCCAAGGUGGAGGGGCUGCUGCAAGCUCCAAGAGAAGAACAAAUUAGACGAUGACUUCAGCAUUUUAAAGAGGAUCCUUUAAAAGCAGGAACAGUUUUUCAGAAACUCUGAUAUGAGCGGGUUUAUUAUGAAGAUUAAACAAAUGUUACAUAGUAUUAAAAAGAAAGGGAUUUGUCGGGAAGAGAAAUCCCAGAAUAGCCUGGUGACCCCACUUUUUGAAAAGGAAUUGGUAAUAGAGAUUGAAUUUGUGAGAUUAUUCUGGUAUAUUCUAUAACUAGAAUUUGACAAAAUAUUUUUAUGGUUCUCACAUCCUUUGACAUAAAGACCAAGCAUGAGUUUUUGUGCAUCAUCCUUUGAUACCUACGAGCCUCCCGCUGUGCCAUCUCAGGCAAGCUAUGGUGAAGAGGCAGAGGGAACAUGUAUCCAGCAUGCCUCCUGUUGGAGUAAAACUCCGUCUUCCUUUAAAAAUGUAACCAAAUAGUCCAUACAAAGCCCAAGAAAUUAAGCUAAUGGCUCUAAUUAGCAUUAUUGUAAUAAGGAGUCAUGCAUGUCCUUUAAUGAGCUGCUACAGACACAAAACUCUUGUGAACUGCUUCAGAUGCGUCACAGCAUUUAUUCCCAACAGAAGCCUUGGGAUGCAAGCAUUUUCACUUACUGUGAACAUUGAGAUUUAGUUACAUAGCCACCCAGGGUUGUGCUUCUAGCAAGUAGAUGAGACAGCAUUUGAGAUAAAUGUAAGCUUCAGUUCUGGGCUUGUAUCUACAAAAUAGUUUUCAGACAACCAAAUCCUCAAACGAGUUGUGGUAUGAACAACCUCUAAAUGUAGCAACUUCAGUUUCUUAGGCCACUUCCAACCCUCACAUCCUGAUUAUCUGAAACCCCACUUCUGAUGUCAACUCUUUCCAAAAAUUCUGACUUCCCAGUAUUAACCCUGUGACAUACUUGUCUGAAUAACUGCCAGAUAAGGCAGAAGUAUCCUUUAAUGGAGCACACAGAGAGAGCUUUCUAGAACUGAGUCAAAUUGUACCACUUCUUUGCCCCACUAGAGUUCUGUGAGAACUCUUUUCUUUUGCUUCUGAAUUCUCAGGUCUGUCCUCUCAUUGAUGUCUGUUGUCUAUCUAUUCAACCCACAUUAGGCCUUUGAUCUGCUUAUUCCAUCUAUAGAUAAUAUUGUUUUUCCCAACAAUAGCUGGAUUGCUCCUGGGAAGCUUUCUUCACACUUCACUUUCUGAAAGAGACUUUAUCAAAGCAAUGACCUCAUACUUAUUUUCCUUCUAAUCUUUUAUUUUAAUCCACUUGUUCUGCCCCAUGAUGGUGGUCACUUUCUAACAAAUUACACAUUUAUCUAGUGUGAUGUGUGUCUUACCCAUUUAAAUAUAUACAAUCUCAGCACUGUGUGGAAGCUGAGGUAGAAAAAUUACUGAAACUUCAAGGCCAACCUGGUCUAUGCAGCAGGUUUCAGGCCAGCUAGAGUGAUGUGGCUUGGCCCUGUCUCAAGAAUAAAGUAAAAUAGUAGAAAUAUCAUGGUGUUUAAAGGCAAAGAUGACUUCUGGCUAUUGGAAUUGGGGAAAUCAAAGCCCCUUAAUGAGUUUCAGGCACAACAACAUGUGAGUUUCAGAGGUGUAGGGAAUGUUGACUUUGCCAGACUCUUUUCUGAUGUGUUCUGUUUUGUGUGGUUUGACUGUGCUGGGGCUUGUAAGACCUGUCUGUCAGAUUAUCUCUUCUUUCUUUUUUCUCUUCAUUCUCCUGCCUCCCGCACUGUCAUCCUCCCACUGGACAAACCUUUGCAGCUCUGACCUUUCCAAAUGGAUUCUCCUUACAGGCUUUAAUUUCUUUACCUGUAGUCAACUACUAUAUAUGACCCAUCAAAUGAAUAACUAUUUUGACCUCUUUAACACAUUCAUAAAUGGUAUAGAGUAGUUGAUGUGUACAUUGAUUGACUGCAGCACCUGCAAUCCUUUCUGUAAAAGGUUGGACUUUUAGUUACAUAGAGUUCAAUAAUAGCUAAUGAUAGCAUCGGGUGUUCUUUGAGGAUCUGCCAGAAACCACCCAGUAUCUUCUUUAAUCUUUCAUCCAGUAAUGUAAAUGGCACUACCUCUAAGACAUAUAGGAGUGAGCAGAAACCUGGAGAAUUUAGUGAUGUGUUCAAGCUCCUGGGUGUCAGAGUGGAAAUCCACAUCUCAAUAAUAACUCAGGAUCCUGUUCUACUAGAUACUUUUGCUGUGUCAGGAAACGCUAUUGACCUUACAAUCUUUCUAGACACAGCAGGUAAGGAAUUUUUUUUUGUGAAUCAAACACUAAUAUUUUAAGGUAAGUAAUGUGUUGACAGAUAAAUACAGCAAGGCUUAUAAAAUCUAGGAAAUAUUAAUCAGUGGUUAUGAUCUUCUCAUUAAAAUGUGAGCAAGCUUAAUGACUAAAAAAAUAGCCAAAGGAGAAAGAGAAGAGAGGAAAGAGGGCAAAAGAAGGGCAAAGAAAAGAAGGAGAGAGAGAGAGAGAGAGAGAGAGAGAGAGAGAGAGAGAGAGAGAGGCAUAAAAGAUGAGAGGAAGGGGGAGAUUGAUUUAGAAGCAUUUAAAGAUAGAGUCUGUCAGGACAGGUUAAGAAUGUACAUAUGAAUCCCCUGGAGGCUCCAGGGCUAAGAGGUUGCUCCAUAAUUGGCACUAACAUAUAAAUGGUCACUAUAGCUAGCCUGUUCACUGCUUUCCUGUCAACAUCAAGGUCAAAGGAAGAUAAAUGGCCCCAAAUUACUGAAAGACAUCUAAGUUAAUAUCAGAAAGAGCUUCUUGACAUAAAAGGGAAUUAAGUAUUCCAAUAUGAGCUAUAGAAAAAAUUUUAUUCUUUGAUAGUAUUUAAGAAUAAAAUAGAAAAAUCUGCCCUCAAAUUAGCUAGCUAAAUUGGAGGGCUACUUAAAAAAAUUCCUUCUGAUCUUACUUCAUAGUGCAUAAUAGACAAUGAGAUAAAAAUUCAUAGUUUCUGAAAUCAAUUUUACAUUCACACACUUAUGGGUGGAAAACCCAGUUUCUCAUUUUUGCCUUAAACACAGAUAUCUGAAUGGCCAAGAAAGCAACCACUUGCUCCGUAGGCAAUAUUAUAAAAUCUAAAGAUAAUUCCCAUCUGUCUCUGAAGGGUCUACUGAUCAUCUGCUACAAAUCAUCAAUGGAAUUUCUGCACUGAACCCACUUUACACUCUCUGAGCUUUGUUCUUGGCCAGGGAUGAUGUCAAAAUGUCUUUCUUUUAUGACCUUGGAAAGAAAAUGUGCAAAGUAGAAAGAGAUAGUUAUAUUGACUUUUUUUGAUAAAUGCCUUUACUACUUCCUGGUAAAUUAUUAAUUUGUGCAUUUGGCUGAUGGAAGGGAAAGUGUCUUUCACAUACAUGUUUGACAGAUUCAUCACUGCUUGGAUGUGUCUUUUUUUUCCUUUUUCUUUUUUCUCAUUAAAGACCAAAUACUUAAGACAUUCUAUUUUCUGUAUUCUUCUGCCUAUUAGAUGUUCCUUUCUGAUUUGCCAUAUAAAUCAUAGAACUGAAAGAAAAAUAUGAAUGUGAUGAAAAUAGGUAGCUAGUUAUUCAAUAGUGUGACUGCCCAAUUAAUGCAGGGAGGCUUACUUACCUCCCUGCACUUUGGGCAUCACAUUGACUUGUUGGUACUGCUGAUUUAGAUCGCUGCUUUGUAAUCUAUCUGCUGCAUGAAACUGUCUUCAUCACUGUGCUGCAGUGCCUUAGAAGGGGAAGCUGUUGGCUUGGGCUUUAUUCUUCUGCUCUUUUCUGUGUUGUCUCUGUGAAAGACGGGUGGUCACCAGUUUAUGAAGAGUAGCCCCAGCGCAGGGUGAGUCCUUGAAGACAUUCACCAUGCAAGUUACUGCUGCUGCUUUUGCUGUCAAGUACAGUUCUUCAGUGUAUUGGGAAAAGCACAAUUUGGAUGACUUUUACAAUGGCUCAGACAUGCUAGUUUCUACCAACAGUUAUAAUUAAGAAUAGGAAACAUUUCAAUUAGUAUAAAUGGAGCUAUAAAAGAGUAUUUAAUUUCUGUAAUGUGCUUACCCUGCCACUAUAUGUGGCUCUAAUCCCAUGAAGCUUGGAGGCUGCUACAGUAAGUCUCAGGAAGGAAUGGGGCUCUAGGUUAUCCAAGGUCAUUCAUACAAGUGGUUUUUGCAUUUCAAGUUAUUUUAUAAAGAGUAUUGAAGGAGACGUGACAAAAGAUGAAAAAUGAAAAGAGUCAGAGAAAAGCCACUGUAUAUUUCUCCAGACUAAAGUUAGAAUAGGUAAAGUUGGCUUCUUGUGUCUAGAUUUUUUUUAGGAUGAUAAGUUUCUGCUAUAGCUGGAAGGGAGAAAGCAAAUUUCAAAGGCUUAAGAAGCAAGGUCCUAGACUUAUAGUUUGUUCUACUGAUCAAAGACCAAUGAUGAAAGAAAAGGGGAAACAAGGAUGGAGUCUUCAAAUUAAAAAACUCAUUUAUAAUAAUUUAAGAAUUUAUUUUGGAUAUAGGGUUAUUAAAUGACAGAUAUUGGAUUGGUGAAGAACUUACAUCAUUCUGAAGGCUGCCAUUUUGCCC